UUUGACAACACUGCGUGCAAAAACUCUUCGUGCCUCUGUCCCUAUUCCGCGCGUUUUCCUGUCUAAAAAUAGGCAAGACUGCAACUUUCUGUCCAUCAGAUGCAAACCCUAAUUUCCCCUUUCUUUGUUUCUUUUGUGGACGAAUAUUGGAGAACCAAAUUCAAGAAUUUCUCUCACUGGGUACCCAUUUAUUUGGUACUCAAAGUCCCGUUUUCUUGUGGAAGUAUUCGUCUGUGGGACUUGAAUUCUCCGGAGGAAGCUGAUGCUGAGAUAAUCUCAUGCUGGUUACUUAUGCAAUUUGUUUUGCAAAAUGUUUGAUUCUGGUCAUAAAUCACAGUUGAUGGAUGGCCGGAGAGAAAAAUUCGUAAGGUUGGAGGAAUCGGAUUCUAGCUUGUCAUUUUCAUCUGAUAUUGGGGGAAUGAAGAGAUGUGGAUUUAGCAUAGAGGGACUGACCACAGCUGGUCGUCCAAAGAAUAAUGCAUCAAAGUCGUUUAGGGUUGGAGUGAAAAGAGGAUCUGAAGGACUGAGGAUGUUUGGCCGUACACUAAAAACUGGAGUCAGCCGGGCAGUUUUCCCAGAAGAUCUCAAGGUGUCUCAGAAAAAGAUUUUUGAUCCUCAAGACAAGUCUCUUGUAUUUUGGAACAAGCUUUUGGUCAUAUCAUGUAUUAUUGCCGUGUCAGUGGAUCCUUUGUUUUUCUAUCUUCCAGUUUUCGAUCUUGACAAACGUUGCCUUGGUAUAGAUUCAAAAUUAGCUCACACAAUUACAACUUUGAGGACUAUGAUAGAUGCUUUCUACCUUAUACGCAUGGGUCUCCAAUUCCGGACCGCUUAUAUUGCACCAUCAUCUCGUGUUUUUGGACGUGGUGAACUGGUGAUUGAUCCGGCACAAAUAGCGACAAGAUAUUUACAGCGGUACUUCAUUGUUGAUCUUCUGUCAGUGCUACCUCUACCACAGAUUGUAGUGUGGAAGUUUAUGCAGCAACAAAAAGGUUCAGAUGUCUUGGGUACAAAACAUGCACUACUGGUGAUCAUCUUUCUUCAGUAUAUUCCGAGGUUUUUUCGGCUUGUCCCAUUAACUUCAGAGCUCAAAAAGUCUGCUGGUGUCUUUGCUGAAACUGCUUGGGCUGGUGCUGCAUACUAUUUGUUGUGGUUUAUGCUUGCUAGCCAUAUACUUGGAGCUUUCUGGUACCUAUUUGCUGUUGAACGUACUGAUGCAUGCUGGGAGGAAGCUUGCAUAGAUAGUGGAAAAUGUUCUACAAAGUUCUUGUAUUGCCAAAAUGAUUAUGUCGAAGGUUACAAGGACUGGGAAAGCAUCAGCCAAAAUGUUCUUGAUUCAAAAUGUGCAGUUGUUGAUGAUGAUCCACCAUUUAAUUACGGCAUCUAUGCACAAGCCUUAGAAUCUGGAAUUGUUUCAUCCGAUGAUUUCUUCUCAAAAUAUUGUUACUGUUUGUGGUGGGGUCUACAGAAUUUAAGUACACUUGGCCAGGGGCUCAUAACCAGUACCUAUCCUGCAGAGGUUCUCUUUUCCAUCUCCAUUGCCAUAUUUGGCCUCAUUCUCUUUGCUCUUCUGAUUGGCAACAUGCAGACCUACCUUCAGUCACUCACGGUUCGGCUUGAGGAGAUGAGAAUUAAGAGGCGCGAUUCAGAGCAGUGGAUGCAUCAUAGAUUGCUCCCUCAAGAACUCAGAGAAAGAGUACGGCGCUAUGAUCAGUAUAAGUGGCUGGAAACAAGAGGAGUUGAUGAAGAAAUCCUGGUCCAGAACCUACCAAAAGACCUCAGGAGGGAUAUCAAGCGACAUCUCUGUUUGAAUCUGGUUAGAAGGGUUCCACUAUUUGCAAACAUGGAUGAGGGGUUGCUCGACGCCAUUUGCGAGCGACUGAAACCGAGUUUAUACACUGAUAACACCUACGUCCUUCGGGAAGGGGACCCAGUGGACGAGAUGCUAUUCAUUAUACGUGGCCGCCUGGAGAGUGUAACCACAGACGGUGGGAGGAGCGGGUUUUUCAACCGAGGUUUCUUGAAAGAAGGUGACUUCUGUGGGGAAGAGCUCCUAACGUGGGCACUGGAUCCUAAAGCCGGUUCCAACUUACCGCCGUCCACCCGUACCGUGAAGUCUUUGACAGAGGUGGAGGCAUUUGCUCUAAUAGCAGAUGAGCUAAAAUUCAUCACAAGCCAGUUCAGGCGGCUUCAUAGCAGACAAGUGCAGCACACUUUCCGGUUCUACUCGCAGCAGUGGAGAACUUGGGCUGCCUCCUUCAUACAAGCGGCUUGGCGACGGUAUUCCAGGAGGAAAAUGGCGGAGCUUCGUCGUAGUGAAGAAAUGGAAGAUGAAGAGAUCGAAGAUGAAGAAAGUGGGUUCAUUGAGGAUAAUGGGUCGAGUUUUGGUGCAACAAUACUAGCAUCACGGUUUGCUGCGAAUGCUCUUCGCGGGGUCCAUAGGAAUCGGAGCUCAGUAGGUGCGACGAGCUUGGUGGCGCUGCAGAAACCUCCGGAACCUGACUUUGCUGCGGAUGUCGCACAUUGAUAGAUAUACUUUUUCUAUCUGUAGGAAGAAAAAGUAUAACGAAACGAUGUUUUGUAUUUUUACUGGAAAGAGCAGACGAUACAGGCCUUGUAAAACACUAUGGUAGUAGUUAAACUGUUAGUGUUUAGACUUCUCUUAUUUUUUGUAUUUUUGAAGUUUUCGAUUUACAUUAUGGAAGCAAUAACUUGAGACGCGGUGAUUGUAUGGCGAUGAA